AUGUCUUCCAAUACAGCAGAGCUACACAUCAAGACAGUCACCCGUCCUACUGGCGAUUCCAUGGGCAAUGGGCUAUUCGCAACCGCUGACAUCGAGAAUGGCGGAGAGGUCCUACGAACCGACAAACCUUUUGUCAUAGUCCUCGACACCCCUCGUUUACACGACACAUGCGCCGGAUGCUACGGCACCAGACAGCUCUUAAACCCAGAAACCGCAUCGGCCGAUUUAAAAGCUUGUACCCGUUGUAAAGUCGUUCGAUAUUGUAACAAGAGCUGUCAAUUGAAAGAUUGGAGAUUCGCUCACUCGCUGGAAUGCCCCAUCUUCUCCAAAUUGUACCCAAACAUUAUGCCGAACCACGCAAGAGCGGUGCUGAGGGUGAUUCUUCGUCAUCGCAGCAAGAAGUACAGUGAUGACGAAUUUCAGCGCUUUCUCGCCCUCGGUAGUCACCGGCAAGAUAUGCUGACGGGGUCACAUAAGGACCGAUGGGAGAAUAAUAUCUUGCUGUCGGCAAAAGCUGUGAAGGAGUUUUCUGGCGUGGAGCUCAGUGAAGAGCAGAUCGCGUUGUAUAUCGCAAGACUCGAUAUCAAUGCGUUUAAUCUUGCCACGCCUUUUUAUGACCGCAUUGGUUUGUUCCUUCACCCCUACGCGGCCCUGAUUAAUCAUAGCUGUGAUUACAAUGCAGUUGUUUCCUACGAAGCCGACAAGAUCUUCAUCAAGGCGUCCCGUCCUAUCAAGAAGGACGAACAAAUCUACGUUUCAUACAUCGACACGACAUAUUCCGUGAACACGCGCCGAAAAGAGCUCGCAGAACGGUAUUUUUUCAACUGCAACUGCCCGAAAUGCACGGAAGAGGAAAAAACCCCGGUUGGAGAGAGAGCAUCUAUUGAACACGCCGAGAACAAAACCAAGGAGCUCAUUGAAUCAGCUUCCAAACUAGAGGAUUACGAUGAGGCAGUCAAGAAAUACGAACAGGGUAUUAGGACCCUGCUGAGCACAUUUGCAUGUCCAAUCACGAAGCAGCCAUACGUAUCUCUUCGCGACGAGCUCAUUUUGGUUUUACUCUCAGCGCGACGGUUCGAAGAAGCUCUCGUUCAUACCAUGAUACGCUACCUCAGAGUCGAUCCAUUCGUCUAUCCGAACGAAAACAGCCCGGUGCGAAGACUACAUGCGUGGACGUUGGCCAAACUAGGGGUUUACGUAUCCGAGGAAUCUGGACCGGGGAGACCAGAUGGUCCAUUCCGGAAAUUCGGGAUCAAUACUGCUCUUAUCACAUGGGCGGCUCUUGUUUGGUUGGUCAGAGGCGAACGAGAAGCGUGCACUUCGCCGGGGUUUCAAACCGUUGUUAAAGAGCAGUAUCAGCAGGUUAGUCGCUUGUUCAUAUCUGCUGGGUUUAAAGCGGACCAAAUGGCGAGUUUGUUUGAUGAGGAGUGGAAGAAGGUGGAUGCACUUGCAGAGCAUGUGUUGAAGCAAGAGCGUGAGAAGGGAAAUGCUGCAAUUACGAUGUAG